GGAUGGGCGUUGCAGUAUAUCCAUUUCCCUGGUAAUACUGCUGCUGUAUGCAGUUAGGCGUUUAUAUUUACACAACCAUAUACUUUAAAAAGUUUUAGUUGAACGAAGAUACAAUGUGCACGGACUGCGUACAGAAGGAAUAUCCUAACAGGGGAAACACCUGUUUAGAGAACGGCGCUUUCCUGCUGAACUAUGUGGGCUGUGCAAAGUGCAGCCACAGAGACUUCAUGCUGAUCAACAACAAAACAACAGAAGAGGAAGACGGAGAGGAAAUAGUUACAUAUGAUCAUGUGUGUAAGAACUGUCAUCACGUCAUAGCCAGGCACGAAUACACUUUCUCUGUCGUUGAUGAUUACCAGGAGUACACCAUGCUUUGCAUGCUGUGCGGAAAAGCGGAGGAUACAAUUAGCAUUCUGCCUGAUGAUCCCAGACGAAUGGCCCCACUCUUUUAAAGAAAAAGGAAAUGAUGCGUGUAAGAAGUGAAUCAGCAAGGCGCAGAGCAAGGGAGCCUGUGAAGGAUGUGGUAACCCGGAAAUCACUGUCGAAGGCAAUAACGGAAACAUGCACUUGGCUUUGCUUUUCAGAAAAUAACGAAAUAACCUUUUCUGUAUUUGGCUGUUAUUUAUUGUAAAACCUUUUUUUUUUUUUUUUUUUUGCUUUUUACUCUGUUAGAAGUGCACUUGUGCCACUAAUACUGUAUUGUGACUGACAUAAGUAUCAACCACCCCAGAUGGGUUUGGUGUAUCAUUGGCAAAAGGACAUUUGUUAUCUCUUUACCCCUAACUCACAAUUCCCUUAUGUAAUAUGUUGCUAUGCCUGAAUAGUCAUCGCUUCUUUAAAUAUAAAGGGUUUCUGCAGUGGGGACCCCCAAUGUACCAGUCUUGUCAAUCAAGUGAAAAACACAGCAUGAGGACCCACGAUCACCUUUGGGUAAAAUGAAGAACAAACAGCCCCUGCAGCCCUUCCUGUAUGAGAUUUUGUAAAUAAUCAAUCUAAUGCCCCACUCCAUAGCACAGCCCACCGGCAGGGUGGUUGAAUACUGUACUGAGGUUGUAUGUAACGCAAGUGUUUAAUCAUGGUUUUAUAUUGGUAGGCACUGAAUAGUCCAUAAAAUAUUUCUUUAAAUGAAACUCCUCGACUGACUUGCGUAACCCACUUUCAGUAGCAAACUUUGUGUAUGUUUGUAACUUUAUUCUGUAAGUACAGAAUUGAAUAUAAUCUUUUCUAGAAGCUGCCUACACAUCUGUCUCCACCAUGAUGCACAGCUUAUUUCAGGCUGUUUUUCACAGCAGCUUUGGGGGAAAAUGCCAACAGAAAAAAAAAACGUGUAUAUGAAGCCUGUCUUCUCUGGUGCAGUCUUAUUAAUGCAUUCCCAAUGCAGAACAGCUGUCUGUGGAACAUUUGUUGUUGUGUUUAUUCCCAAAUAAAUGGGUUUCUGCAAAGCUGAUUGCUAAGACUGAUCCCACAUUGA